UGGCUAAGACGUCUGAUACUCAACGAAGUAAUAAUAAUAUUUGUCUAGAUUCUAGCAGGUAACAAAAACUAUAAAAUACGUAAAUAUAUUUCCUGUUAUUUCAUUCACUUCGUAUUUGCAGUGGUGAAUAGUGGUGUACAUAACAUAUACCUACUUAUGCGCUAUUAAAUAAUGUGCUUUACUUUUUAUUUAUUUUAAAUUCGAUCAACUAUUACGAUUUUAAAUUAACUCAAGUACCUAAGUACAACAAUGAAAGAAGAAAUCGUCACUAUACUGAUUUUAAACAUUCUCGUUAUCGGUGGACUAGCAGUAGGCGAUGAUAUUGAAUAUAAAUCACAUACUGCAGAUAACUAUGACAUCACAACAAUUUAUAAAAUGGGAUAUAAUGCUGAAGAAGAAAGGAAUCAAAAACCUUUCAAUAACAUUAAGUGUACCGGGUGCUAUGAUGCAAACAUUCAUUUGAGAACUAAUGCAAUUGGUAUGCCAAUUGAGUUUAAUGGAUUAAUUCUGAGCUCCGAUAAAAAAAGCUUAGAAUUCAUAGCAGACAGCAAGUAUCCAACAAACAUUUCCACGCAAAACCAAAUUGAGUACUCUAUCGGAGAAUGGACUAUCUCGAAAUUAAAUAUGUUAGAAGCUCUUAUAGAUAGUUAUGUAUAUCCGCAACGCUAUCAAACGUACGACUUAUUAUUGUGGAGAGCCAACAACAAUGCAGAAUCGUUCAAAAUCAAAUGGAAACAAAGAAAUUCAAUUAAAAUGUGUAUAUCUAUGUCAUAUUUACUAGAAGACCAGUCGAAGUGUACGUUUUCAAUGUACUUAACUAAUGAAGAUAGUCUUGACAAACAAGUCAUAUAUUCAUAUGACCAUAUAAAAGAAUCGAAAACACUUAAAACAGUAUUGUUCAAAAGUAAUGACUGGCCACAUACCCGGUUAUAUGAAAACAAAACAUAUAGUUUAAAUUUUAAACUCGAAAAGAAAUCAUCAGAAGUAGAAGUAUACAAUGAAAAAUAUAGAAGAGGAUAUUAUUAUGAAAAUGAGUAUAUUUAUAAAACAGAAUACGCCAGUGGUUGUAAAAUUGGAAUCAAACGAAUAGCUCAAUGUACAGAUGAGUAUGAAAACGAAGAAAUAUUAACGGUAACUGCAAAAGAAUUACAAAAGACACCACAUGGAGCAGCUUCGUUAACCUUCAAUGUUUAUCCAUUUGGUCGUACGGUGCAGAAAACAUCCAUAUUACCGUCUUCGGAGUGCUUAAACGGAGGAUUUUCAGACCAAAAUGGUUGUAAGUGUCCUCCUGGCUUCAAAGGCAAUAAAUGCGAGCAAGGGUGUGGACCUAACUCGUUUGGCGUUGACUGCACCGGAAUGUGUUCAAUGCACCAAACACACUGUCAACAGAUGAUGUUUUGUACCAACGGUUUUGGAUGCAAGUGUCCAGCGGGAUAUAGAGGAGACAACUGCACUACAGAAUGUACGAGUGGUACGUACGGCGUAAAUUGCGAGCAACAAUGUUCAGAGAGAUGUAUUUCGACAUCGUGUGAUAUCUACACCGGUGUUUGCAACAACGGAUGUACGACUACGAAUUACAUUGCCCCGGAUUGCAAAGAAAAGUAUCAGUGGCUCAAAUCACCGCCACAACUGGAAUCGUCCGAUUUAAGGUCACUAAAAUUGAAAAUUGAUUUUAAUCCGGAAAACAUACAAGGCAGUAGCGACGUGAAAUCAGUCUAUUACCAAAUAAUAUUUAAGGUCGCUUUAAAUGAAUCAGAAUUUCAGUACUUGGAACUAAAAGAACUCGGACAACAAGUGUCCGUAAUAGAAAUCAUAGAUAAUCUAAAACCGGGAACGUCUUACACUUUCGGCGUGAUUCUAGUAUCAGAAGACGGGAAUUACAACAUAGAGGAUAUCAAAACCGCAAAUUACUCGACUAAGUGCAUAAUGUCAAGAAACAUUAAUUAUGAUGUCAGCUUAUUGAGUGGUACAGAUUCUAUCAAUGUUACUUGGAACAAGAUUAUCGAUCAAAACGAAGAGAACUGCAAAAUAACUGAGUACUUGUUGAAACUAAUGUUUAAUCACACAGUUAAACAGCAACAAAGUUAUUCAGAAGAAGUUAAAUCUAAUAAUAAUGAAUAUACAUUUGAAAAUCUACUACCUGGUGAAAAAUACGCAGUUCAAGUAACAGCAAUAUCAGCUACGGACAAGGCUGAACCAUCAAUAAUAUCAUAUAUCUACACCAAGCCUUAUUAUGGAUUUAUCCAAAUAAAAAACUUAAAAGCCAAACUAAAUCAGAACUCAUCACUGAUAGUAACUUGGGAUGUUGACGAAAAAUACGUAAAUAAUACGCCCUUGAAUUAUGUAGUAAAAUACAAGGUCAAUAAACAUUUUAGUUGUUCAAACAGAGUCAUUGCAAACGACUGGACAUCGCUGCCAGUUUACAAUCAGACAAGACGUGAAAUUUGGAAUUUGAUACCGAACACACAGUAUGUUAUAAAAGUUGACCCCACAAUAGAAGGAUAUACUUACAGCGACAACGCUAAUAUUGUUUUUGUAAAAACACCUAUCUCUAAGCCAAAACUAACACCCGUGAUUAACGACGAAAAUGGUUCGCAUUAUAUCACCAACCAAAGCGCAUACUUUAAUUGGACGAUAAACAAGGCCGAGUGUUCUAAAUUAAAUGGUUUCUUUCGUGGAUACCAGGUCAUACUUAAAGAUAUUAUCCAAGGCACGCAAGUAUCAAACUCGACGAAACAAAACACAGUGAACUACGACGAAUUAAAACCCGACACCAAAUAUGAACUGCAAUUAUAUGUACUAACGAAUUAUGGAUACAACUCGGAACAAGGAUUGUUGAUACCAUUCAAAACCAAAACCAAAUUUUUAGUACCAGUGGACGAAUUAAUAGUUUACAAGAAAAACUUGAAACGCAAAUCAAUUGGAAUCAGAUGGAGUUUCCCUGACGAAAACAUCAUCAAUGGUUUUAUCGUUAGCGCAAUUGACGAGAAUAUGAAUAGUACAAAGCAAAUGACCGUAGAACCCGAAAGAUGCGUUGCUUGGCGAAAAUUAUACUGCGCUACUUUUGAGAAUCUAAUACCAAAUCACCAAUACACCAUAAAGGUAAAAGCCAAGUCGAUAGACUAUCCUACAGGUGGUUCGGUGGCAUCAGUCGUCAGCAAUUUCAAUGACGGAUUCGCAGAUAAACCAGAAAAUCUCAGGACAACCGACGUAGGCUCCACGUACAUAUCACUGGAAUGGGACAUUCCGUGGAUAUUCAACGGUGUGCUGAAAUCGUUUAUAGUGAACACCGAAGAGAUUUCGUCUAAAGACAUCGAUAAAUGCUGUGAUAGCAAGCCCGAUAUAGAGAUUCCGAUAACAGAAGACUUACCAACUUAUAACUGCACGAUAAGUGACUUGAAGCCCGGUUCCACUUAUUCGAUCGGUGUAUUAUCGAAGACUUCGUCAUAUGGUCAAACUAAUAGGAUACACGUGACAACUCUAUCCACUCCCGAGGCCGAUGAAGACGUUGAAAUCGUUGAAAACGAACCGCUAAUAACACUUACAGAGCAGACGCCACACCUGAAUAUUUCUAUUAUUAACAUUGACAAACUAUAAUAACAUAGAAUAUCAUUAAACUCUUAGAUUAACGUAGAAUAUCAUUUCACUUUAUAAUUCACGCGUAAAACACAUAGUAUUUUUCAUUACUAUGAAUAGGCAGGUAUACAUCUGCAGUUAUGUAUUGUCAUUUAAGUUUUGGUAAUUUUUAAUAACUAUUAUUUUAUAUUCAUUGAGUUUUAUUAUAAUUCACUUGAAAACCAACUUGAAAUAAAUCAGGUAACGUUAAAUUUGA